GAGACCGGGCAGGCGGCAGAGGUCUAAGCUGGCAUAUAAAAAGGACGGGGCGAUGGUUGGUGGCUAGAUGUUCGUGUCCGUGGUCUCUCUUUCUUUCCCUUCUGUUUAAUAUGUGCUUUCUGAUGACACUGCAGUCUCUGUUCUAACAAAGUUUGUGUACUUUACUUUCCGCAGGUAAGAACUGUGCUGGAAGUUGAAUUAAUAAACGAAUGCUAACUAGAAUAACAAUUUUCCAUUUCCUUUUAAGUUAUUUUUGUACUUAAAGACGUUUUAGGAGGUGUUUUGUUUUAAUUAAACUUUAAAGUGUGUUUGUAAUGGACUUAAAACUGUAUUUCCCUUGACACAGGAUUGCAAAUGACUCAUGGGGUGUAAUUCAUUUACCAAGGAGUAGCCCUUAUUGAAGCCGGUGGAAUUUACUCCUGGUGGAUGUCUAGGGCUUAGCAGGUGUCCGCCACUAGCUGACCUUGGUCGAUCUUGAAAAAUCAGAAUUUGCUCUGGUUUUUCCUUGGAGGGGAGACUACCAGGUAUUUCCAGAGCUUUUGGCUAGAUUGGAGUGUUGAAAUCCCUUUUUAAAUUGGACAUGUCCAUAUCCUUGCCAAGAAAUAAAAAUGCGGGGAAGUGUACGGGAUUGGUGGCUUAGACCUCUGGGCAUGGCCAUUAUUUUCCUGAUGCCACAUCGUAGUGUUCACCUGCCUUAUCUUCUAACAAUCUCUCAGUCAAUUGGAUUUGCUUCCUCAUAGUCAGAAUUGUAAGGUGCACCACGGAGCUGUUGAUGGUGAAUGUACUUCUUCAGAAUGGUUGCAACCAACAGCUUAAACAAUAAAUAUUCUGAACUGAGUCAGCAGCGAUUUCAGCAGGCAUCCUUCUCUGACUUUGACUACUGGGAUUUCGUAGCGCCUGAGCCCAACUUUAAUGAGAUGGUGUUUGAGGAACGAACAUGUCAGAAUCUAAUUAGAAUGCUGGAGAACUGCCUCUCUAAAUCAAAACAGACUAGACUGCAUUGCUCAAGGGUCUUAGUCCCUGACAAACUGACUCGGAGGAUAGCUCAAGAUGUCUUGCGUCUCUCUUCUAUGGAGCCUUGUGGUUUGCGGGGCUGCAUUAUUCAUGUCAGCUUGGAAACUGGAAAUGUAUGUAAAAAGCUGGAUAAGAUUGUUUGUGACCCCAGUGUCAUUCCCACUUUUGAACUGACACUGGUGUUCAAGCAAGACAAUGGUUCCUGGCCCAGCUUCAGGAGUUUAUUCCCCAGAGUUUGCUUUACUUCCAGCUGUAAACAGACUCUGAUCCUGAGACCUGGCUUUCGUCUAAUUAAGAAAAAAUUAUAUUCCUUGAUUGGGACCGUUGUUGAAGAAUGCUGAAAAGUGUGCUAGUUAAAAAAGUUGAGCUUAAAACCCUUAGAAAUUGGAGUGGUAUUUGCACAAGACCUGUCUAUGGCCUUGAAGCCGGCAAAGUCUUUGUAAAGCUAUCUGGUGCUUUGUAAAAUGAGAAGCAGUGCAGCUCCUUGAUACUUGAAACAUUCCUCAGUUAGCAAAGAUUUGGCAAGCCCAGUCGCCAUCCUGAUUGCCAUUUAUUGCUAGCAGUUGCACUAAAUGUAGCCCUUGCUCUUUGGUAUUCUUUGAUAUUUUUUUAAGCUGAGUUCCCUAGAUUCACAGUGUUCUUAAUUCAAAUUAGGGGAAAUUACUCACACAUUUUCAAGGAACAAACAGGUCUCUAGGACUAAAUAGGUCAAAGAGGUAGGGAUGAUGCUUCCAAAGUGUUGCUCAUAACUGCAUUGGUAGCAUCAGAUAAAAGAGACAGGUCAAGUCUAUUUGGAAAGUGAUACUUAUGAAAGGCUUUGGAGUUAUUGUUGCUUUGUUCUUCAAGGUCAUCUUCUAAAUCUUUUUAGAUUAAUAAAAUUUGCCAUAGUUCCUGUAUGACAUUCAGAAGCCUUACUCUAGCUGCCUGCAACCUGGUGUCUUCUAGAUGUAUUGCUGCCACAACUGCCAGCGAACCGACCCAGCAAUGACCAAAGGCUGGAAAUUUUGGGAGUUUUACUCCCAACAUUUCUAAGGAGUGCCAGCUUGAAGAAGGUUGUUUUACUUGCUGUGAUUGACUUGCCUUCCAAGCUAAAGGGUUUGCAGGAAGCUAGCUUGCCCUAAUAAUCAUGAAUAAUCGUAUAUAGUUGUUCUACACUCAGUUUCUUCAAAUGUGACAGUACUGAAGUCUACAGAACACUUUAUGUAGGUUUGGCACUGAAUAGUUUGUGUUGGUUUGUAUUCAGUUUAUUAGAAUAAUUAUUUGUUGUCCUGACACAUUUCACUUAGCCUGCCCAAUAUGGGAAUUAAAAGCGCUCUAUGGAAUUUUUUUUUUCAUUGCUGGUGGUCUCUACAAUUGAAAGUGAAGAGCAAUAAUCUAGAAUCCACAAAUCCAGUUGUUAGUUGUAGAUGGUGUCAGAGGCCACUGCUUCACCAUAAACUUUGAGGCUCUUAUUAAGCUGAUUCCUGCAAAGAAUCAAUGAAAUACUUGCUACUCCUUUCCUUCAGUGAUUCUUGGUUGAGUUAUGGAAAAUAUCAAUAGAGAUAAGGCAACCAAGGUUUGGAUAUUCAGCUUUCUUCCAGACACACAUCUACACUGCAGAUAUCCAUAAUCAAGGAGCAAACUGUAUAAUUCUUAGCACAAUUACACACACACACACACACACACACGGGAGAUUCCACAGAAGGUCAUGGAGAAUAACAGGG